CUCACCGUUGUUGGCGCGCUGGUGAUCCGCAGUCCUCCGCUCGGGCCGUGCGCCCCCGGUGGAGCGCAGAGGGAGGCAGGCGCGUCGCCAGCCCCUUGCCGCCCUCCCCCAGCCCGGGAAGAAUGUGCCAACAGCUGUUCUCCGCCCGCGAGCACUUCGCCCAGAAGUGAGGAACUUGGAGGAAGAAGAGACAAAGGCUGCGGUUGGGACGGAGGAGGUCCGAGACGCGGACAAAAGGUGCGGAGGAGCAGCAGCGACCGGGGGAUGGCAGCGCGGCGACUCCGCGGGCUGGAGUCGCCCCGAGGCGCGCCGUGACACGCGUGGCUUCCCGGGACCUGCCGCUGCGCUGACUUCCGCGACUGGAGCCGCGCCGGGAAGGUGCGGGCGCCGGAACAAUGGACAGUUUCUUCCCCGAGGGAUCACGGGUCUGGCUGAGAGAAAAUGGCCAGCUUUUUCCAAGUACUGUAAAUUCCUGUGCAGAAGGCGUCGUGGUCUUCCAGACAGACUAUGGGCAGGUGUUCACCUACAAGCAGAGCACAAUCACCCACCAAAAGGUGACCGCCAUGCACCCCAUGAAUGAGGAGGGCGUGGAUGACAUGGCCUCCCUGACCGAGCUCCACGGAGGCUCCAUCAUGUACAACUUAUUCCAGCGAUACAAGAGGAAUCAAAUAUACACCUACAUCGGCUCCAUCAUCGCCUCCGUGAACCCCUAUCAGCCCAUCGCCGGCCUGUACGAGCGCGCCACCAUGGAGCUGUACAGCAGGUGCCAUCUGGGCGAGCUCCCGCCGCACAUCUUCGCCAUCGCCAACGAGUGCUACCGCUGCCUGUGGAAACGCUACGACAACCAGUGCAUCCUCAUCAGUGGUGAAAGUGGAGCUGGGAAAACAGAAAGCACCAAGCUGAUCCUCAAGUUCCUGUCCGUCAUCAGCCAGCAUUCUUUGGACCUGUCCUUACAGGAGAAGACAUCCUGUGUGGAGCAAGCCAUCCUCCAAAGCAGCCCCAUCAUGGAAGCUUUCGGCAACGCGAAGACAGUAUACAACAACAACUCCAGUCGCUUUGGGAAGUUUGUGCAACUGAACAUCUGUCAGAAGGGAAAUAUCCAGGGUGGAAGAAUUGUAGAUUAUUUAUUAGAAAAAAACCGAGUAGUGAGGCAAAAUCCUGGGGAGAGGAAUUAUCACAUAUUCUAUGCACUGCUGGCAGGGCUGGAACAGAGAGAGAGAGAAGAAUUUUAUUUAUCUUUGCCAGAGAACUACCAUUACUUGAAUCAAUCUGGAUGUAUAGAGGACAAGACAAUCAGUGACCAAGAAUCCUUCAGACAAGUUAUUUUGGCAAUGGAAGUCAUGCAGUUCAGCAAGGAGGAAGUUCGGGAGGUUUUGAGGUUGCUGGCUGGGAUACUACAUCUCGGCAACAUAGAAUUUAUCACUGCUGGAGGGGCGCAGGUUUCCUUCAAAACAGCUUUGGGUAGGUCUGCAGAGUUACUUGGGCUGGACCCGACACAGCUCACAGAUGCUCUGACCCAGAGAUCGAUGUUCCUCAGGGGAGAAGAGAUCCUCACGCCUCUCAGUGUUCAGCAGGCAGUGGAUAGCAGAGACUCCUUGGCCAUGGCACUUUAUGCACGCUGCUUCGAGUGGGUAAUCAAGAAGAUCAACGGCCGGAUCAAGGGCAAAGAAGACUUCAAAUCGAUUGGCAUCCUUGACAUCUUUGGAUUUGAAAACUUCGAGGUUAACCACUUUGAGCAGUUCAAUAUCAACUAUGCAAACGAGAAGCUUCAGGAAUACUUCAACAAACAUAUUUUUUCUUUAGAACAACUGGAAUAUAGCAGAGAAGGGUUGGUGUGGGAAGAUAUUGACUGGAUAGACAAUGGAGAAUGCCUAGACUUGAUUGAGAAGAAACUUGGCCUCCUUGCCUUGAUCAAUGAAGAGAGCCAUUUUCCUCAAGCCACAGACAGCACCUUGUUGGAGAAGUUACACAAUCAACACGCUAAUAACCACUUUUAUGUGAAGCCCCGAGUUGCGGUCAACAAUUUUGGAGUGAAACACUAUGCUGGAGAGGUGCAAUAUGAUGUCCGAGGCAUCCUGGAAAAGAACAGGGACACCUUUAGGGACGACCUUCUCAACCUGCUGAGGGAAAGCAGGUUUGACUUCAUCUAUGACCUCUUUGAACAUGUCUCAAGCCGCAACAACCAGGACACCCUGAAAUGUGGAAGCAAACACCGGCGGCCCACAGUCAGCUCACAGUUCAAGGACUCCCUGCAUUCCUUAAUGGCGACUCUAAGCUCCUCUAAUCCCUUCUUUGUUCGAUGUCUCAAGCCCAACACUCAGAAGAUGCCGGACCAGUUUGAUCAGGCGGUUGUGCUAAACCAGCUGCGCUACUCUGGGAUGCUGGAGACCGUGAGGAUUCGAAAAGCAGGAUAUGCUGUCCGAAGACCCUUUCAGGAUUUUUACAAAAGAUACAAAGUGCUAAUGCGGAACCUGGCCCUGCCUGAGGACAUCCGAGGGAAGUGCACUGUGCUCCUGCAGCUCUAUGAUGCCUCCAACAGCGAGUGGCAGCUGGGGAAGACCAAGGUCUUCCUUCGGGAAUCCUUGGAGCAGAAACUGGAGAAAAGGCGGGAAGAGGAGCUUAACCACGCAGCCAUGGUGAUCCGAGCACACAUUUUAGGCUACUUGGCACGAAAGCAAUAUAGAAAGGUCCUUUGUGGUGUGGUGACGAUACAGAAGAAUUACAGAGCCUUCCUCGUGAGGAAGAGAUUUCUGCAUCUGAGAAAGGCGGCCAUCGUGUUCCAGAAGCAACUCAGAGGCCAGCUGGCCCGCAGGCUUUACAGACAGCUGUUGGCUGAGAAACAAGAGCGGGAGGAGAGGAAGAGGCGGGAGGAAGAAGAAAGAGAGAGAGAGAGAGCACAAAGAGAAGCUGACCUCCUCCGUGCCCAGCAGGAGGAGGAAGCAAGGAGACAGCAAGAACUUGAAGCCUUGCAGGAGAGCCAGACGGAAGCGGACGCGACCCGGGAGCUGGAAAAGCAGAGGGAGAACAAGCAGGUGGAGGAGAUCCUCCGUCUGGAGAAGGAAAUCGAGGAUCUGCAGCGCAUGAAGGAGCGGCAGGAGCUGUCCUUGACCGAGGCCUCCCUGCAGAAGCUGCAGCAGCUGCGGGAUGAGGAGCUGCGCAGGCUGGAGGACGAGGCCUGCCGCGCCGCCCAGGAGUUCCUGGAGUCCCUCAACUUCGACGAGAUUGACGAGUGCGUCCGCAACAUCGAGCGCUCCCUGUCCGUGGGGAGCGAGGUGUCGGGUGGGCUCAGUGAACUGGCAGAGACCGCCGCCGCCGCCGCCGCCGCCGGAGAGAAGCCCAGCUUCAACUUCAGCCAGCCCUACCCCGAGGAGGAGGUGGACGAGGGUUUUGAGGCUGACGAUGAUGCCUUCAAGGACUCCCCCAACCCCAGCGAGCACGGCCACUCUGACCAGCGGACCAGCGGCAUCCGGACCAGCGACGACUCCUCGGAGGAGGACCCUUACAUGAACUACACGGUGGUGCCCACCAGCCCCAGUGCCGACAGCACAGUGUUGCUUGCCGCGUCCGCGCAGGACUCCGCCAGCCUGCACAACUCCUCCAGCGGCGAGUCCACCUACUGCAUGCCCCAAAACAACGGGGGGGACCUGCCCUCCCCCGACGGCGAUUAUGACUAUGACCAGGACGAUUAUGAGGAUGGGGCCAUCACCUCCGGCAGCAGCGUGACUUUCUCCAACUCCUACGGGAGCCAGUGGUCCCCAGACUACAGGUAUUCUGUGGGAACCUACAACAGUUCGGGAGCCUACCGGUUCAGCUCAGAAGGGGCACAGUCCUCCUUUGAAGAUAGCGAAGAGGACUUUGACUCCAGGUUUGAUACGGACGACGAACUCUCCUACCGGCGAGACUCUGUGUACAGCUGCGUCACACUGCCCUAUUUCCACAGUUUUCUGUACAUGAAAGGUGGCUUGAUGAACUCCUGGAAGCGCCGCUGGUGUGUCCUCAAAGACGAGACCUUCCUGUGGUUCCGCUCCAAGCAGGAAGCGCUCAAGCAAGGCUGGCUGCACAAGAAAGGUGGCGGCUCGUCCACGCUGUCCCGGAGAAACUGGAGGAGGCGCUGGUUUGUCCUCCGCCAGUCCAAGCUGAUGUACUUUGAAAACGACAGCGAGGAGAAGCUCAAGGGGACUGUAGAAGUGCGGACAGCCAAGGAGAUCAUAGACAACACAAGCAAGGAGAAUGGGAUCGACAUCAUCAUGGCUGACAGGACUUUCCAUCUCAUCGCGGAAUCCCCGGAAGAUGCCAGCCAGUGGUUCAGCGUGCUGAGUCAGGUCCACUCAUCCACAGACCAGGAGAUCAGAGAGAUGCACGAUGAGCAGGCAAACCCCCAGAAUGCCGUGGGCACACUGGAUGUGGGGCUGAUUGACUCUGUGUGUGCUUCCGACAGCCCUGAUAGACCCAACUCAUUCGUGAUCAUCACAGCCAACCGGGUGCUUCACUGCAACGCGGACACGCCGGAGGAAAUGCACCACUGGAUAACGCUGCUGCAGAGAUCCAAGGGGGACACAAGGGUGGAGGGCCAGGAGUUCAUCGUGAGAGGGUGGUUGCAUAAAGAAGUAAAGAACAGUCCGAAGAUGUCCUCACUAAAACUGAAGAAGCGGUGGUUCGUCCUGACCCACAAUUCCCUGGAUUACUACAAGAGCUCAGAGAAGAACGCCCUGAAACUAGGCACUCUGGUCCUCAACAGCCUGUGCUCUGUUGUGCCCCCCGACGAGAAGAUAUUCAAGGAGACAGGUUACUGGAAUGUCACUGUAUAUGGGCGCAAACACUGUUACCGACUCUACACCAAGCUACUCAACGAGGCCACUCGGUGGUCGAGUGCCAUUCAAAACGUGACUGAUACCAAGGCUCCCAUCGACACGCCCACCCAGCAGCUGAUCCAAGAUAUUAAGGAGAACUGCCUGAACUCCGAUGUGGUGGAGCAGAUUUACAAGCGGAACCCGAUCCUUCGAUACACACAUCACCCCCUUCACUCUCCGCUCCUGCCUCUUCCCUACGGGGACAUAAACCUCAACUUGCUCAAAGACAAAGGCUACACAACCCUCCAGGAUGAGGCUAUCAAGAUAUUCAACUCACUGCAGCAACUGGAGUCCAUGUCCGACCCUAUCCCCAUCAUCCAGGGCAUCCUGCAGACGGGCCAUGACCUGCGGCCUCUGCGGGACGAGCUGUACUGUCAGCUCAUCAAGCAGACCACUAAGGUGCCCCAUCCUGGCAGUGUGGGCAACCUUUACAGCUGGCAGAUCCUGACGUGCCUCAGCUGUACCUUCCUGCCCAGCCGAGGAAUCCUCAAGUACCUCAAGUUCCACUUGAAAAGGAUACGGGAACAGUUCCCAGGAACCGAGAUGGAAAAGUAUGCCCUCUUUAUCUACGAAUCUCUUAAGAAAACCAAAUGCAGAGAAUUUGUGCCUUCCCGAGAUGAAAUCGAAGCUCUGAUCCACCGGCAGGAAAUGACGUCCACGGUGUAUUGCCAUGGCGGAGGGUCCUGCAAGAUCACCAUCAACUCACACACCACAGCUGGGGAGGUGGUGGAGAAGCUGAUCCGGGGCCUCGCCAUGGAGGACAGCAGGAACAUGUUUGCCUUGUUCGAGUACAAUGGACACGUGGACAAGGCCAUUGAAAGCCGGACCAUCGUAGCUGAUGUUCUGGCCAAGUUUGAGAAGCUAGCUGCCACGUCAGAAGCUGGGGACUCGCCGUGGAAAUUCUACUUCAAACUUUAUUGCUUCCUGGACACCGACAGCGUGCCAAAAGACAGCGUGGAGUUUGCGUUUAUGUUUGAGCAGGCCCAUGAAGCAGUCAUCCAUGGCCACCACCCAGCCCCUGAAGAAAACCUCCAAGUGCUGGCUGCCUUGAGACUCCAGUACCUGCAGGGGGAUUACACCCUGCACACCUCAGUCCCACCCCUGGAGGAGGUUUACUCUCUGCAGAGACUCAAAGCACGCAUCAGUCAGUCGACCAAAACCUUCACCCCGUACGAACGCCUGGAGAAGAGGCGGACCAGCUUCCUGGAGGGAACACUGAGGCGCAGCUUCCGGACCGGGGCGGUGGUCCGGCAGAAAGUGGAGGAGGAGCAGAUGUUGGACAUGUGGAUUAAGGAAGAAGUCGGCUCUGCUCGGGCCAGCAUCAUUGACAAAUGGAAGAAAUUGCAGGGAAUGAACCAGGAACAAGCCAUGGCCAAGUAUAUGGCCUUGAUCAAGGAGUGGCCUGGCUACGGAUCAACACUCUUUGAUGUGGAGUGCAAGGAAGGCGGCUUUCCCCAGGAACUCUGGCUGGGCGUCAGCGCCGACGCCGUGUCGGUCUACAAGCGUGGAGAGGGCAAACCGUUAGAAGUCUUCCAGUACGAGCACAUCCUCUCUUUCGGGGCACCACUGGCCAACACCUACAAGAUCGUGGUCGAUGAGAGGGAACUGCUCUUUGAAACGAGUGAGGUGGUGGAUGUGGCCAAGCUCAUGAAAGCCUACAUCAGCAUGAUUGUGAAGAAGCGCUACAGCACCACACGCUCCGUCAGCAGCCAGGGCAGCUCCAGGUGAAGGCGAGCAAGCCGUGUGCCUUUCAGGUCUGAAUGUGCCACUCUCCGCCUAGGCCAGUGCCAGGUCCUGACCCAGCUUUGGAAACACAGCUGCCCAGGCUUUUGGAAACCAGUCGUCCGUGAGAGGAGUUUCCGGGACUCCUUUCGCCCCAUCACCUUCAGUGAUCACGUCAUAAGCUGUCUACCUUAACAGUCUGCACAAGUUCUAAAGCUUUAGUACUCAUAGAUACUUGCCUUAAAAAGAAGGGGAGAAAACCACGCUGCCACCAAAGCAGCCAGAAGUGCCUUAACUUGCAGAAUCGACCCUAAUCGACCCUAACUGUGCUACUGAGGGGAAGCACUUUCUCCUUCUGGGGGAAUUUGCAGAGUUUGGAAACAGGGCAUCGAUCCAUUGAUUAUGCACUAACCUCCCAGCCUGAUUUCCUGACUGUGAGGGAAGGUGAGGGAGUGGGGAGGGGAGACGGAGCAGAAGGGGACAGUGUGCUGUAGUCGGAGCGCUGCUGGCAGCCUUCCUCACGGACGUGGAGUAGCAUUUGGCUUUGUUUUCAUUUAAGUGUCUGUGCUUGCCCGUGCAUGCAUACGUUCAUACACUCAACACUUUAAUCAUCGUUUCGUGAGCAUUAAACACAAAGGGAAGAGGAUGUGCAAUGGUGUAAACAGUCUGUCUGUAUAUUUUAAUAGUUCAGAGUUUUAGUCUCCAAGGUGGUUUUAUUCACAGAUCAGAAUUCUGGAUGUUCCUGUCUUUGCUGUAUUUUGGAAAGAGACAUUUUGACUCAGUUUCGUUUUACAUGUAGCAAGGGCUGCGACCUGUGACUGCUGUAUUACUAACAGGUCCGCAUCCCGCAAAGAUAACUGUAUUUAUGAACAAACCACUCUUCAACUGCUGGUCCCCCCGUGCUGGUUUUAGAGCCACAUGAAAUUGUUUUGGAGUCGUUGAUUUCUAAAAGUUAAAAAUUCUGUUGUUUCCUUUGAAGGGUAGCUUUGAGUCAGCACUCUAGAUCGCAGAGACAGCCAUGUUGAAAAUGGGGGAAGCUACUGUAUCCCAACCCUGUAACCCUCCAGCAGACCUCCAGAGGACCCUGACAUGAAUGCUAAAGCCAAGACUUCAAUGAAAUUCACACCUUAUUUCGUCCUUAGUUCAAAUGGUGGCCUGAACACAGCGCCUGUAAAUAACAGCGUUUAUGACCAGAAGAAAAAGAAUCUGGACUUGGACUUUUAUUUUUAUAUGGAAAAAUUAUAAAGGUGGGCCAGAUGAGUCUACUCACGAAGAAAAAUUGAAUUUGCCUUAUCCCUUACAGACAGCUAUGUGGAAGUGGUGUUUGUUGGCUCACAAAGUCUGACAAUAAAAGAUAUUAGCUAA